GCCACUUUCUGUCUUUCUGUCUACUACCUUUAUACGCUUACUCUUUUUUCUUUAAUCAGAUGUAGAAAUUAGUUGUGAUAACACAAUUUAUGUAAUAAAAGAAGCAGCAGUGCGUUCUAGGAGCGAGCUGAGCGUCCGGGCGCAUCAUGCGGAGGGUCUGCGGGGUUUCUGCUGAUGCGAACGCACUGCAGCUGAACACAUGUGUGUAUAUUAAAACCAUGGACUACUGAUACACACCUGGCUGUUCCUGUGUGCUUACAAACACCAUCCGCAUUCACAUCAAGGACUGAAGCGAUGCUACGAGCCUCUGGAGAAUGUCAGCCCUGAAAAAGGUGUUACCAUGGAUACUGCAGACACAUUGCUGCCUUUUCCUUGACAAGAGUCCAGACCAGCAGUAUUCCCCCUGGUCACCAUCCCGAGAUUUCAAUGAGGAUAGUAGCCUCGCUCCACCCAGGAACAUGAAGGGCUUAUCAGGUGGUCGUGCACCGCACCAGAUUCCCACACUUCCCCCGUGUGGACUGGCGGAGUGCGAGCAUCUUCAUGACCUGCACGGCAUGCAUGUGACCGACCUGCGCCACCACUACCUGCUCAGCCCCACGGAGACCUGCGCCAUGGACUUCCAUCACCGUCUUUCCCCCCGCAGCUCCAUUCACUCCGACUGCAUGAUCAUGUCACCCGUGGCGCUAACUUCCACUGCCCCCACUGACCAUGUCUCCAGCAGCACCUUUCCCAGAAUGCACUACAGUUCGCAGUACUACGACCCAGCUGCCCGGGAAGACUGUGCAGCCAUCACCACCUCAGCCACAUCCGCCGCCGCUGCCGCUGCUGCAACAUCUGCCUCUCACCACGGCAGCAGCAAAAGCAACCGCAUCCCCGCAAACCUGCUGGACCAGUUCGAAAAACAGCUUCCGCUUCAUCGUGAUGGCUUCCACACGCUCCAGUACCAACGCACAUCCGCCGCCACUGGUGGGGAGCAGCGCAGCGAGAGCCCCGGUCGAAUCCGACACCUGGUGCACUCCGUCCAGAAGCUCUUCACUAAGUCCCACUCACUGGAGGGAUCGUCCAAGAUGAAUGGCACCAAAGGAGAUAGCGGAGGAGGGGGAAGCCAUCACCAUCACCACGGCGGUCAUCACUCAUCCAAGCACGGCAGCAAGCGCAGUAAAAGCAAGGAGCGCAGGCACCGGUCGGGGACGGGGGGCUGGUGGAGCUCGGACGACAACCUAGACAGCGACAGCACCUACCGCACGGCCAGCGCCUUGAGCCGCCACCAUCAUGAGCACGUUGGCCACAGUUUCCCAGAAUCCAUGCACACUCAUUUUGGAGACCACUCGCUCAAAACCUCCAAAAGCAACAAUGACGUCAAGUGUUCGGCCUGCGAGGGUCUGUCCAUGGCACCUGAGGGAAAGUUCAUGAAGAGGAGUUCCUGGUCAACGCUCACUGUUAGCCAGGCCAAAGAGGCAUACCGAAAGUCCUCCCUAAACCUAGAGAAACCCAUGAUGCAUCAGGACCUUAAACCAUCAUUCCGGUCCUCACACUACCUACAGGUGCCUCAGGAUGAGUGGGGGGGUUAUCCAGGGAUUGAGAAGGAGGAGGAGAUCCCAUGUCGCCGGAUGCGUAGCAGUAGUUACGUCAAAGCCAUGGGAGACGAUGAUAGUGGUGAGUCUGAUACCAGCCCCAAGAUGUCCCCUCAGAAGACUGUGCGGUCCGAUGCCCUUGUCCUCAAAUCAGCCAUGCAGAGGCCACAUAUAGACACCCAAAGCUCUGGCUACCACUUGCAAACAACGAGAGAUAUGCGUCCUCACCCCAGCGUGUCUCUGGACCCAGCAACCAACUUCAACCCUCCACAGUUUCGCUCCAGAAACCAGAGCUACAUGCGUGCAGUCAGUACCUUCAGUCAGGCAAGCUGUGUCAGCCAGGUGAGUGAGACUGAGGUCAAUGGCCAGUUUGAGUCAGUUUGCGAGUCCGUUUUUAGCGAAGUAGAAUCCCAGGCCGUGGAGGCCUUGGACCUGCCCGGCUCUUUCCGCACACGAAGCCACAGUUACCUGCGUGCAAUUCAGGCUGGGUAUUCCCAAGAUGACGACUGCUUGCCUUCAAUGACAUCUUCUACUGUCACUUCAACUCUCAGAUCCACAACAGGGGCCCGUAGCUUAGCUGGGGGGCGUAGAAUGUACGGGAUCCAGUUUCGUCUCCCUACUGCCUGUGGUGUGGAUCGAACAGAAACCCCCACUCCAGUGGCAGUGACAUAUACACCUGACUACAAGAAGACUCCUCCACCCGUUCCUCCUCGAUCCACCACUAAGCCGCUGAUUUCUGUAACAGCCCAGAGCAGCACAGAGUCGACGCAGGACGCGUACCAUGAGGGUCGGCCAUCACGGGGAGGGCUUUGGGCACCGGAUAGCCUCGGUCGGGUCAUCUACAACUCCACCGACAGCCUGGAUAGUGCGAAGGCGGUGACCCUAGCGAUGGAAACCGCAUCCAAGCGCCUCACAUCUGCGGGGAGCUACAGCUCCGUUCAGACCUGCGAUAAGGCCAUCCUGGUGUCCAAAGCAGAGGAAUACCUCAAGACUCCACGCUCUUCCAUUGGGAUACAGGUGGAAGCGGCCACAGAUUCUGAGACAGAUAGUAAAGGUCUCCCACAGUAUCAGUCCGUGGGUAUCCAAGUGGAAGAUGAGAAGAGAAUCGGCCGCUUUAAACGGUCCAACAGUGUGACGACGGCAGUUCAGGCUGAUUUGGAGCUGGAAGGGUUUCCUUCGACCGAAGACAAGAGUCUGCAGUUUGGAGGAUUUCAGCGGCAUUCUGAACCCAGUACGCCCACACAGUACAAUGUGGUUCGGACCGUACGCACACAGGGCCUUUUUAGCUACCGUGAGGAUUACAGGCCCUCCAGUGGGCCGCCCAGUCCGCAGCCCGAACCCUGGCUGGUGGAGCCUGCUCAUGAAGCAGCCGAGUCCGGCCGUGUGUCGCCACUCCGCCGUGACGGCAGCUGGUUCAUGCAACUUCUGCACAGUGAGACCAAACGUAUGGAGGGAUGGUGCAAAGACAUGGAACGUGAGGCAGAGGAGCACGACCUGUCGGAGGAGAUUCUUGGGAAGAUCCGGAGUGCUGUGGGCAGCGCUCACCUCCUCAUGUCCCAGAAAUUCCAGCAGUUUUACUGGUUGUGUCAGCAAAAUCUGGACCCCAGUGCUAUGCCCCGCCCCACGGCUCAGGACCUGGCUGGGUUCUGGGAUCUCCUGCAGCUCUCCAUCGAUGAUGUCACUGCCAAGUUUGAUGAGCUGCAACAAAUCAAGAGUAAUGACUGGAGGAUAGUGGAGAGUCCAGAGAAGAAGGAAAGAAAAUGGCCGCCUCCUGUUACAAAGAGGCCUCCUAAAGGUCGUGGAGCUGUCAUGCGUGAGCGAUCCUUGGAUCUGCAGGACCGUCAGAGGCAAGAGGCCCGCCGCAGACUCCUGGCUGCGAAACGGGCUGCGUCUUUCCGUCAGAGCUCAGCUACAGAGCGGGCCGACAGCAUAGAGAUCUACAUCCCUGAAGCCCAAACCCGAUUAUGAAACACACAUAUACUAUGCCUCACCAGUGCGCUUCACCAACAGGGUACAUGCAUUCUACUCCAUGUCACAGCUCCGCCCGUGCAUAUUCUCACAUCUGUUACAAGUAUUCUUCCUCUGCUCAUCAUCUACUCUGAGCUGAGAAUAGUGGUGAGUUUAUAUAUGCCUCAAACAGAGCUCAAUGCAAAGAGGUCAUGGCAGUCUAUGCACUCCAAGGCCUGCAGCUACUGCAACCCAGUUUGUAUUUCAGUUUUAGUAUGUUCAAAGGCCAAAACUAAGGCUUUGUUCACACUGCACAUAAAUCCGAUUUGGUUUUCACUUUCAAGUUUUAGGAUGGAAUUAGGGCUUGGUUGUAAUAGUAGUGAUGUAAGAAUGAUACAGAGGACAACUGUCGUGACAUCUCACCAUGGUGCUGAACUCAUGAGAUGCGUGAGAGCCAUUAGCUCACAUUAGCGAUUCUUACAUUAGCAUUCAUGCAUAUGCUGUGUCCAAAACCACUGACUUGUUCACUUACUAUUCAUGACAUGAAUGUUAUGGAGCCUCUAAUGGGACAAAAUUAUAUUUCAAUCCUUUUAUAUUCUCUUGCAAAAAUUUGUGUUCACUUGCAAAACUUGUGCAUUCUCUUACAAAACGUCUGUAUUCUCCUGAGAAACUCUGGCUUCUUUCGCAAAACAUUUGCCUUCACUUACAAAACUUUUGUGUUCCACUGAAAAACUUUGUGUUCACUCACAAAACAUUUGCAUUUGCCCUGAAAAUUUUUUGCUUUCUCUCGCAAAAUAUUUCCAUUCUCUUACAAAAUGUAUGUGUUUCCCUGAAAAAUUUUGCCUUCUAUCACAAAAUAUUUGCAUUCACUUACAACACGUCUAUAUUCCCCUGAGAAACUUUGCAUUCUCUCACAAAACAUUUGUGUUCUUUCGCAAAAUAUGUGUUCACUUAUAAAACAUUUGCAUUCCACUGAAAAACUUUGCAUUCUCUCACAAACAUUUGCAUUCUCUCACAAAAUAUUUGCAUUCGGUUAUAAAACAUCUGUAUUUCCCUGAGAAACCUUUCAUUUUUUUUUAGAAAAUGUUUGUAUUCCCCAGAGAAAAUUUGCAUUCUCUUGCAAAACAUUUGCAUUCUCUCACAAAAUAUUUGUUAACUUACAAAAUUUCUACUUUCCCCUCAGAAACAUUGCGUUCUCUUGCAAAACAUUUGCAUUCUCUCGCAAAAUAUUUGUUAACUGACAAAACAUUUGCGUUCCUCUGAGAAACUUUGUAUUCUCUCAAAAAGCAUUUGUGUUCUCUCACAAAAUAUUUGCGUUCUCUUACAAACCAUCUAUAUUCCCCUGAGAAACUUUGCAUUCUCUCACAAAAUAUAUGCAUUUACUUUCAAAAUUGUAUGUUCUGAGAAAUUUUGUGUUCUAUCACAAAACAUUUGCGUUCUUACCAAAUGUCUGCAAAGAGUUUGAGCAAAACUUUUGCAUUUUCCCACAAAACACAAAUAUUUUGUGAGAGAAUGCAAAUGUUUUGCAAUGAACACAAAUUUGCUCAGGGGAGUAUGAACAUUUUGUAAGAGAAUGCAAACGUUUUGUGAGAGAACACAAAUGUUUCUGACGGGAAAGCAAAAGUUUUGUAAAUUAACUUAAAUUUUUAAUUAACAUUUGCCCUGAGAAAUUUUGCGUUCUCUCACAAAAUAUGUGUCUUCACUUACAAAACUUUUGCGUUCUCUCACAAACAUUUGCAUUCUCUCAAAAAAUAUUUGUGUUCACUUACAAAACUUUUGCAUACCCCUGAAAAACUUUACGAUUCCUCUGAGAAACAUUACGUUCUCUUACAAAACUUAUGUUUCUCUGAGAAAUUUGCAUUCACUUACAAAAUAUUUGCAUUUGUUUACAAAAUAUCUGUAUUUCCCUGAGAAACUUUGCGUUUUCUUUAGAAAAUGUUUAUAUUCCCCUGAGAAAGUUUGCAUUCUCUUGCAAAAUCUUUGCAUUCUCUUACAAAAUGUCUGUAUUCUCCUGAGAAACUUUGCGUCCUCUCGCAAAAUAUUUGCAUUCACUUACAAAACUUUUGCGUUCCCUAACAAACGUUGUGUUCUCUUACAAAACAUCUGUAUUCCCCUAAGAACUUUGCAUUCUAUCGUGAAACAUUUGCAUUAACUUAUGAUAAAAUAUUUGUGUUAACUUACAAAAAUUUUGCAUUCCCCUCAGAAACAUUGCUUUCUCUCACAAAACAUUUGCAUUAUUUACAAACUUCUGUAUUCUCCUGCGAAUCUUUGCAUUCUCUCACAAAACGUUUGCGUUUUCUUAAAACAUUUUUUGCAUCCCACUGAGAUGCUUGUAUUCACUCUUUUCGGGAGAAUGCAACAUUUCUUAGGUCAACGAAAUACUUUUGCGAAAGAACACACACACAAAUUGUGAACGGAUGCAAUAUUUUUCCAGUGAACAUAAUACCUUUGCAAAAAAAUCGCUUAGAAAUAUUUUCCAUCACCAUGUCCCCUUAGGGGCUCCGUCAGAUGUCAUAUAAUUUAAUAUAUAGGGAAAAACUAAUCGAAAAAAGAGACAUGCAGAAGUGAGGCUUCUGGAAUGACAAAAAACUAAAACGUAAUCUGACUGAUGCAUUCUAAAACAUUUAAAUUGAUUUCAGACCACAUACGGAUGUCAUUUGGAAACAUCCAAAAAAAAAACAACUAAAAACAAACAAACAAAAAAAAUCGGAAUUUUGCUGCCUGUUUGAACAAAGCCAAAGUCUAGCCCUCAGCAUAGGCACAGUUAUUACUCCUUUCAGAAAAUGUAUUCUCUAGCACUGGCACAAAACUAAUGUCACAGCAUAGUCACUUCAUCCACGGCAUCAUUCCCACAAACAGAAAAAUAAAAUGACUCUAAACUUGAUUUAGUAUGGAGUUUAGAUUUAAAUAAGCGAAUUUAAGAUUGCAAUUUCUGUAAGAUUGCAAAGUCUUUACUGCUUACAAGGUUGUACAAAGCAGUUCUACUUCUUAAAUGAUCUACAUUUGUAUUUCCAACGGAAAUGUUGAUCUUGAUCCUUGUGAUGUUGUCGCAGUUGGGGAUUUGCAUGAAGGUUUUGCUUCUAGACUUCAGUUUAGUUUUAGCUUCAGGGUUGACAGAGAUUAAAUCUACUUCUGGACUUAACAGCACUGUCGAAGAGAAUCCUUUUAUUCGACGACUAAGGUUUAAAGCUCAUUCAGCCCAAAAAGGCCUUGAUAUCAUUCAGUCAUAGCUUGACUUUCAUUGACUGACCACCAGUUUUACACAAAAACAUUUACAGAGAAGUAUUUACAACACCAAUCUUCCUCAAUGUUCACCACUCAAGGUAGUCUGUGACAUAUAAAGGUGCAAAAGAAACUUUAAUAAUAUUACUGUAAAUGGUGCUGCUUUAUACUCUAAAAUGUAGAAGCCCCCUCCUCUCCUUUCUGCACAGCACUAUAAACCACCUGUGGACUUUUUAAAGGGAGGUUUAACAUGGUGUCUCAAUGCAUCUCGGAUUAUCAUAUUUAUGGUCACUGGUUUGUUGAAAAGAAAUACACGUAUUUUAGGUUAGACGCUUAUGCUUUUUGUAUAUCACACUUUUCCGGUCCAGCAUUUGCACAACAAUGUGCCCAUCUGCCUUGUCACUUUUGAGAACAGAAACCCGGGUGUGCAAUAGGGGUCUCUAUGAUGAAUUGUUGAAUUCAUAUACCAUAUUUUAAGUUGGGUGGCAACAGCUCUCCUUUUCAUUCCUAAUUUGGAUUUAGGUUCUUUAUUACCUUGAUUGUAAACUAAAUAAUAACCAACAGCAGCAUUAGAUUCAAUACCUUAUAUUUGUAAAUACAAAUACAGUUAUUUAACAGCAGUUAUUAUUUAUUUUUACUGGCACAAUGAUGAAUUUUAACUGUCCACAACUGUGAUUCCGGGAUUUUUCCCCCUGGUUCCAGGCCUGACUAUACAGAGAUGGCGGUACUGUCUAUCCUCUUAGCAUAACAGCUGCUUACAUUCAUAAGGCGUUAGAAAGCAGCAUAGAAAUCCCUGGCUUUUUAGCUAUUUCCUUUACCUGGCAGCCUUACAGCAUCUUAAGCAAAAAGCAUUGUGAAUGUACUGCCCUGCUCUUGCAAAAAAAUAAAUAUAUAUAUAUACAUAUAUAAAAUUAAAAAAUGAAGAAGAAUCAGAAGAAGAAAAGGAACUGACAAUAAAUGUUUCAGCUCAUUUUAGGAGUAAAUUCAGUCUCAGAAAAAUGAACUGGGUAAUGAUUAGUUUUAAAACCACAAUUAAAGCAAGGGAUAGUUCAACCAAAAACUGAUAUACUAUCAUAUCCUUGUCUAGAUCCUCACACUUUAGCGAAUACCCAGGCAGCUUAUUUCUACACAGUAAAAAAAAUGGUGACAAUUAACUGGCAAGAUUUAAAAACGUUUGAAAUCUGUCAUAUUUGCUCAUGCAAAGGAUUUAGGCCAAAUUGCAAACAGUAAAUGCCAUGGCACUAAAACAAACACAAUCAAAGUUUCUUCACUAGCAACUGAUCUGUUGAAAAACUCUGCAGGCUCAAAAUAUAAUCCUUUUCUAGUCAAUUUCAUGUUUAAGAGCUUGAAUAUAGUGCAUGAAUGCAUUUUUUAGAGCUUGACAGUUUGGAUCACCAUACCUUACUGCAAGGCCAGGACAUUCUGCAAAAUAUCUCAUUAUAAGCAAAUGAUUAUGUUUUAAGGUGAACUAUCCCUUGAAGAAACAGUGUUGCUUGAGAAUUAGGCUGAAGCGAGAUAUGUUGAGUGCGUAAUGCUGUGCUUUUACACGCUGUAGUGGCUCAGUAUUGCUGUCUCAAUUCUCGUCUCAAUGUAUUCAAAGCACCACAUACACAAAGAAAUGAUCAGCACUUUCCAAUUAGUCCAAAUACACUCUUAAAAAUAAAUGUGCUUCACGAUGCAAUAGAAGAAGCUUUUUUGUCUAAAUGGUUCCAAAAAGAACCUUUAACAUCUGAAGAACCCUUCUUUGUGGCGAAAGAAGGUUCUGAAAGGUUCUUUGUGAAGCCAAAAAUGGUUCUACUAUGGCAUCACUGUGAAAAACUUUUAAAGCACUUUUAUUUUUAAGAGUGUAGUUUGAGAGAAAGUUAUCUAAACUCAUAUGAAGGGUGGAUGUAGACGUUUUUUGCUUGAGGUUCUUCUUCGCGGCUGUUGCGUUUCCUUUCAUGGCAACUGUCAGUCAGUCGGAAGACAUUGACAUGCUACCAACUGCUGCUAAAUAUGUACACUGAGGUACAGUUAUCAUCUUGCACAUUUUAUAUGAAUAUAUAACAGCUAAAAUAUGACAGCCCACAGGACAGGUGUCUUUCUCAAUGAUUUACAUAUUUUAGUCCAACUUAAGAGUACUUUAGCUAACUAGGUCCCUUUUUGCAAACUUCCAGCCCUGUUUUAAAAGAUAUUGUCAUAAAACAAUGUGGUCAGGCAGUGCUGACGAGUUGUGGCAUAGGUGUAUCGCUGCUUGUGUAAAUGUAAAUAGUUGUAGAGUGCUAUCACCUGACACAUGCCAUGUGUCUGUCUUUUUUUGUUUUGUUUUUUUAGUAGAGAUCUAGCAGAUAUCGGUGAUUAUAAAAGGUGGAAACAUCCAUAGGUGCCUUAUAAUCAGUGUUGGAGACUUAAAAUGAUUUGCAUGAGAUAUGACUUAUGCAGAGGAAAUAUCGCUUAUGGUUAAAUGGCGAAACCCUGCAGUAUUAUUUCUUGUCAUGCAUUUCUGAUCAUCUGAUCAUGUAGGGGCUCAAAAUGUUAAAACAGAUGCAUGAUCGUUGGAUCAUUGAUAUUUUGAUGAAUUUUUUUGCUUAGAACGUCAUUUUCAUCAUUGCGUGCAAAUUUGGGUUGUAUUUGAUCAGGACUGUGUGGUAGUGAUGUUUAGUAUAAAUAUUGACAGCUUUUAGAGGUAUUAAUAUAGUGUUUUAUUAAUAUGGAAGUCUAAAGGUGCGGUCACAUUUAUGUUUUAAAAACCAUUCAUAUGCAUGUGAACACAGGUGAGUGAAAUGUAAAGUUGGUAAACUUGGAUCUGCAAAUUUAUAUAGUGAGAAGUCUUCAGUUCCAAGAAUACAAACCUCAAAACUGCAUCGUCUGCAGUGUUAAGAUAUAUCAUUUUUAAGACAUUUUAAGCAUUUGCUCAUUGAAAAAUUUGUCUACAUACAUUUUUGCAAAACUCCAAAAAUGUAUCGAUCAGGGGUGGCAUAACAGGGCGGGACGGUUAGUAUGAUUCCAAGGGCCCUGAUGAGAGAUUUCUGAUUACUGUCGAAGGGGGCCUGUGUGAACCAUAGUGGCACCCCUGGUACCUAUACAUGCAAUUAAUUGUUGUUUCCAGCUGAAAUUAACAACCUUUUUUUUCCUUUUUCACACAAAUUAUGAUUAGGGUUGGGUAUCGUUUGAAUUUUAUCGAUUCUGGUUCAGAUUCUGCUUAUCAAUUCCAAUUCUUAACAGUUCCUAGUUUCGAUUACAAUAACAUUAAAAUGUCAAUAAAAAAAUGAGGUUAUACAUUUUUAUUUAGUAUUUUUACAAAGCUGUCUGUUGCAGCUGAAUACGAUGAGCAAAAAUCAGCAGCCUACAGAACACUAAGAGGAACUUUUGCCUAUGGUUUUAACAAAAAAAUACCACAGCAAAAACAACUAAUAAAUGGCUAAUAUAAAUUUCAAACAUUACAUUGUUAAAGGCAAGUAAACAGUCAGUAAUAAAAUAGGAACAAGCAAAUAAACUCGCAAUAGUAUAAGUAAAUACAAUUGAAUAAAUUGCAGAUACAGAAAUUUAUAUCAAAAGCUUAAAAACACUGCAUAGUUUUCUUUUCAUAAAUAAAAUAUAAUUCACUCAAAGUUACGAAAGGUAUUCAGUCAAGAUCAGUGAAUGAUUUUUUUGUUUUUGGAUUAACAUUAAUCACAUGCAGCACAUUUUUUAGGCUGCUGUCUCUUUAACACCGAACUCGCACGCAUCUAAAAAUGCUGUACACGUGCAUUUUCUUUCUCAUCUGUUUUCACUUUCAACAAAAAAGGCUGUGUUUAUAAAUGACAUACUGAUGUACUUUGUGCAUAUUGGACGGUAAAUGUGAAAGAGAAGUCAGGAAAUGCACGUGGAAAUGCACGGAACGGUUCAAAUCCAGCGCAGAAAUCAUUAAGUUCAACCGAAAUGCAUGUCUUAUCGAAUGGGUUCUUAGAAAUUUGGAACCAGUUCUCAAUACUCAACCCUAAUUACAGGGCAGACUAUAGAUUAAUAAAGACUAGUUUGUGCAUAGUUUCUUGUGCAAUAGUACUAUCCCUGCUGAAAAAAAAACCCAGCCUAAGCUGGUUGGCUGGUCUUAGCUGGUUAACAUGGAAGUGGCUGGAUUUAGCUGGUCUCCUGGCUAGGCUGGUCAAGCUGGUUUUAGCUGGUCGUUCCAGCUAAAGAAAGUGGCCAAAACCCCUCUAAAACCAGACUGCUGACCAGCUAUGACCAGCUAAGACCAGACUGGAUAACCAGCUAAAACCAGCCAACUAACUCUUUUUUUUUUUCUUUUUUUUUCCAGCAAGGAUGUUAUGACCUAAACAAAAUACUUUUACCAUAGUAAAUGAUUUGUAAACUAAAACAUUCUGAUGACUGCAUCAAAUAACCAGCUCCUUAUGUAUGGCUUUUCUUAAGCAAUAAAUUUGCUCAGUAGCGCACCCGGUAUAGCAUUUAACUUGAGACGUGGAGUGCAUGAGAACAAGUACUAUGAAAAACAAGUCACAAGCCUCAGUAAAAGUGCUCACAUAGUUGGACAAUUACACAAAAACGGCAAGGAUGCUUCAGUAUUUUUAUCUCACGUUUGCUUUUGUUAACACUAUUGGUUGGGUGUAGUGUACAGUGGAGAUUAAAAUUAGAGAGCAACCUAUAAUUUCCUAAAUUUCAAGGUCACUACUUAGCCCUAUUUGAAGUUAUCCUAACAGGAGUAGAAGGGCAGUUUUUUAAGCAUAUUCCAUAAAUUAAAUGUAUUCUAAAGCACAGUACACUCUUAAAAAUAAAGGUGCUUCACGAUGCCAUAGAAAAACCUUUAUGUCUAAAAUGGUUCCAUAAAGAACCUUUAACAUCUGAUAGAUGUUUCUGUUUCACAAAAGGUUCUUUGUGGCGAAAGAAGGUACUUCAGCUUUUAAAAAGGUAAGAAAGAGAUGGUUCUUUAAAGAAACUUUAACUGAAUGGUUCUUUGUGGAACCAAAAAUGGUUCUUGGCAGCAUUCCUCCAAUUUUCACUGAGAUUGCAAAGCAGACCACACUAUGGUGACUGAAACCCUGUGAAAGGAAGUUGUCCAGAUGAAGGCCAAAGGGAUAACCCUUUCUGCCACUGCAAGAGAAGCUCGUCAUUUUUUAUAUUUUAGAAGCUCGAAAUCUGUGAUUUCUCGAAUAUUGCAGACUUACAAUGACACGAAUUCAUUCAAGUCCUCCAAAAAGGCUGGUCAUCCAUGUAAGAUUGAGACUCUCAAUGAGGAAUCGGUUCAACACUGCAGCUGGAAUUGCUUGUCAGUUCAGUGCUAAACAGGGUAAGGAUCUGUCUCGGGACCAAGCCUCUCAUCGGCAGAAAGAAUCAAAGGGCUAGACUCACCUUUGCCAAGGAGCAUGUUGUGUGGAGAGAGGAGAACUGAUUUAAAGUUCACUUUAGUGAUGAGAACAACUUUAAUUUAUUUGGGUCUGAUGGGAAACAUUUUAUUGGGUAGCAAACUGAGGAAAGACUGAAGCCCAAGUGCAGUGAAAGUCAGUGAACGGUGGAGGACAAAGUGUCAUGGUUUGGUGAGUGUUUUCUGCAGCAUGACUUUGAGCCUUUAAUACAGCUACAUGGCAGGGUGAAUGCAAAUAUUCAUCAAAACCUCCUUCAGCAACAUGCAGUCCCUCUCUACAAGCAUUUCCAAAUCAACCUGCAAUUUUCAUGCAAGACAUUGUCCCCGUCACACUGCAAAACAGAUAAAGCCAACCUAGUCUCCCGACAAAAACGCACCUGGGGCAACUGUUUCGCGAGACACCAAAUACAUACCAAUAAGUACAUAUCACUGCAGUGUCCAAAAGAAAUAAAGUGGUUGAGGCGGUAAAACAGCAAGCACUUUUAAUCAUUUUCGUACACAUUUAUCAUUACAGCUCCAUAAGUUUCCAGUGUUUUAACAAAUAAUGCUACCUAUCAGAUUAUGCUACCAACACAGUAUUUUUAAUACAGUAAAGGUAGUUUUAGAGUUGGGGUAGAUGUACAUGACACCGGAUUUAACAAGCUUGUUCUGUAGCUCAGGCGGCACGGAGUUGGAUUUAAGUCCUUGGGUGCGAAUCCCAAGAAAAAUGUGACUCAAGAUGAGAGAUCAAAAAACAAGCUAAAAUGGCAUACUUGCAAUUGUGAUUUUACAUCACAUUGGCUUUUGUUCAUAUACUACAUAUAUUGUACAGUCUCGCGAAAAACUUCCCCUGGUACAGUUUCCAUGAGACCAGGUAGGGUAAAGCAGAUCCUUGAAGCUAAGAACACUAAAAUAAAACUGAUUGAAAAUCAUUGGCGACAAAGUUACGGCUUAAAAACCCACUACGGUCACUAAACUAUGGAAGAGAGUGGAAAGAGAGUGUACCAAUAUCACACCAGCACAGUCUGAAAAACUAGAUUUCUUGCGGCCACAGAAGAAGUCAUUGAAAGCAAGGGCCUCUACAUUUCCUACUUAUUUCUGACAGCUUUAACCCUCCAUAAUUAUAGUUUGAAUCUUCUUUCAUGCUAGUGGUUACUGUUCUCUAAUUUUGAUCACUGCGUUUUCCACAAAAUAAAGGUUUUUGUUGAAAUGCUUUAAAAAAAAAUUGUCAAAUGUGUUAGUAGAAUUGUGGUAUUCCCACAGAUAAUAUUCCUUCAAAGUUUGAAUUAUGAUGUUUAAAAAUAUUUCAGAAAAAAAAAAUAUAUAUAGAGACUGUUCUCUAAUUUUGAUCUCCACUGUAGGUCUUUUGACUGUGAUGGAGCAUUAACCUUUUAGUGCCACUCCAUAGACGUUUCACUUUGAAAGUACAGCGAGACGAGGGAGAAGCGACUUGAUAUCAUUUUGCAGAAAUGUUGCCACAGGCACAUUUUCCAAUAAGCCUUGGUCAUGUAUACAUUUAUGUGUUAUUAGUGACUUAUUAUUUAUUAAUAACUAUGUGACAUCAUAUCAUGUUGCCCAUAUUCAUUUCACCAUCUGAUGUGGUUCGUGUGACCGCACCUUAAGACUGUGGAAAGUGUUGAAUGCAGGUAUCUUCAGUUUUGAUCUAUAUCUGUCCUCUGUGAUGAUGGACACAUGAGGGCUUCACAUCGUCCAUUUCUACAAAACAAUACACACUAUUCGACUAAAUGCCAGUGUCCACCUCUCACGUGCUUACACACUUUACCAGACUUGCCAGAAUGUGCAAUAGUGUAUAAAUACAUGGCAGGCACAUGGUGUCAUUACCUCUCAGUGUGUGGUAUUAAUGGCAGGACACUACACUAGCGCUAGUAAAGUCUCUCUACUAGCACUGAGUCUCUCUGCGAUCAGUUUAAGGCAAACAGAGUGAUUUGUCAUGCCUUUCUACUAUGCAGCAACUUUAGUCUGAGUUUCAGAAAAGACGCUUAUUCACAGAAACUAUGUUUUACCCUUUUUUGUGAAUAGAUUUUAUCGAGGAAUAACAAAAUAUGCCUUGCAACCCUGUUGAAAAGACUAAUUAGAGCUGGUAUGAUGCUGGUAUAGCUGGUGGACCAGCAUAGCUUUGCUGUUCACCAGCAAAAAGUACUAGUCAACACAUGUGAUUUGUCUAAGUUGGCCUACAAAGACAAAAUGCAUUAACUACACUACACUUUUUUCCAAAAUUGAUUUAAACCUGAAAUCUGGACUUUUAGACUCUGUCCAAUUUGGCUCAACUAUGCUCACAUUCAAAGAUUCUUUCAGAUGCAUUGCAUCUAUAUGGUAACUCCUAUGUACGCUAGUUGAAAAAGGACACUCACCGCAUCUAAACCACAACAUGCUGGUGACCAGCAAUGCUGCUUUUUUCAACACGGUUGCACUUUCUUUAUUUACCACUUCCCCUGAGGAUAUUUCUCGCCUAUAAAAACGUUUUAUAAAGUUGUGGCCAGUGUGUGCACAGAUAUACAGUAAAGUCGCAUCGCAAACACAUUACAUCAUUACAAAGAACAAUCUGCGCUGCCACUUUCAGUUUACCAAUGUACUGCAGGGAAGCCCUUUAAUAGGUUUUGUUAGUUUCCGAUUCUCCUCUUUGAGGGUCAGUUCCUCCAUAAUGCAAAGACAGCUAUUGUUCUAUGAACAAUGCUGUUAUUUCUUUUACUGAAAAUGUGAAACAAUGUAAACAGCUGUUUAAAAAUACAUUGAGACAUUGAGAGGUUAAAACUGGUGCUUUCUCAUAGAGGUGUGUUGGAUUCAUAUAGGCACUGAUUGGUUUUACCAGGACAAUCAACAUGCAUACACUCACAUUUACACGGAAACAAUAUGUUCAGUAGUGUAUAGGCCUCACUGUCCGCUCUCCAAAUGGCACGUUAUCUUUUUAUUGAGAUAUAUAUAAUUGCUUAUAAUCACAAAACUAAACAUUAUACCCUUUACCAGUUGUUCUCUACCCCACUCUCCCUUUCCAUUUGUCAGUUGUCCACCUAUUCAAGGCUUCUCUGCAAAGAAAUUACAAUAUUAUAGGCAGCUGAAUGAGUGUUCAGCUGUAGAACUUAAGUACAGAUGUUUCGCUGCCUGUUCAGCAAUAACCUGAAGGAUUUCAUUAAAUGAUCAUGGCACCGACACAGUUUGACAUCCUUGCUUUCGUAACUAUGUGAAAAUAAUUAUUCUUUUCAUAUAAAGCAGGAUGUUGAGGUCUGUCUGUGGUGCUACGUUGACUUUCAGAGCGUGAGGUGGGAUUCCAGGCAGUUUGCUAUGUAUUCACAGCUUUUAGUCUUAAAGGUUAACCAUAACCCCAGGAUGAAAAUACUUUGGUCUUAGUUUCUCAUGACUAAUUUGUCAAGGGGAGGGUUUAUCUCUUUAUUUGUUUUGUUUUCCAGCACAUCUGAUGUAAUGUGGUUUGAAUAAGUGAGACCUCUCAUAAAUGGGCUAUAACAGUGAGUUUUUGAGAAUGGUUUGGCUUCAAACUUGUUUUGAAUCAUUAAAUAUAUCAAUAAUAAGGAUGAAUCUAAUGCCAAAUAUACAUUAUUUAUUUAAAAAAAUACAUAUAUUGAUAAAUGAAUAUAUGCCUAAUUUAAAUAGAUUUUUUUUGCUCUAACCCAUGUUUAUUUGAACUUUGUCAAGAUUAUUUUAUAAAGCUAUGACAGCAUGCAGGAUCGUAAAAAAAAAAAAAAAAUGAAUGUAUGAUUUGAUGUUUCAUUGCUGUUAGUUGUUUUGGCAUUUUACAAAUAGUUUGGUAUUUGUACAAUUAAUUUGCUUUUUUAUUUAUAAUUUAUUGAGUCAUAUUCAUAUAUCUAAAUAUGAAAUGUUGGGUUUUUUGCAGAUGAGGAUUUUAUGAAGGGUUUGGUCCUUCUCUGCUUUAGUUUUGCUUCAGUAUUUUGCCUAAUUUCAGAUUGAUCAAUCUGCCUCUUUGAAUAACUGAAUAUUAAGUAUGAUCAUUUGUUGUACAUAGAACUACUAUUAAACUUUU